AUGGAGGCAUUACUCAUUGAGCUGACUACGGCAGCAGCUGCGGACGAGUUUCCAGGAAUAGACCCACUAUACGAGUGCUUAUUGAAAGCUCUGGAAUACAUUGAGAGCGAGCCAGAGAGACACAUCAAGGCUGAAAGUGACGCGGAUGACACGAAGAUUGCACCACUGAUGGAGAUAAUUCAGCAGAAGGACCUCAUUAUACAAAGCAAAGAUGAGCUUCUCAAGAUCAACGAGGAGACACUGCGGGCGAGUAAGGCGUUGAUGGCAGACAAGGAUAAAAUCAUAAAGAUCAAAGAGAGAGAGAUCCAAGAAGCAGCCAGAUUGAUCACCGCCCGGGAGGAAACAAUCACCCAGAAGGACGAGGUCAUUCAAAACCGCGAAGAAAAUCUAGAGCAGGCACAAAUCUCAAUCACUACGCACGAGCGCACGAUCACGCAGAAGAACGAAGUUAUUAAAAGCCGCAAGAAGACCAGCAACCGGAACCACAAAACGAUUCGAGAGAAGGAACGUGAGAUUGAAAACUUGAAUACCUAUCUGGCACGGCAACGCGAUGCCAGCCACGUAAAGGACUCUGCUUACCAAGAUUUUGAGCAGAGAAUGGAAGACCAGGUGGCGGCACUAAGGGGCCAACUCGAGGACAAAGACGAUGAAAUUCAGGCACUUGAAAACUUGCUUGAAAAACAUCGGUUGCGUCGCCUCUCACGGAAGUCCGAGAAAGAAUCCCUGGAACAUGAUUGCCCGGAAUUGAAAGGGCCAUUCAAGUUGAAGGAGGCUUGGUAUGUCAAAGAAGAAGGAAGUGAGGACGGAGAAAUUGCUAGUCAGCGUAUCAAGAUCAAGGAGGAGCCCAUGGAUUACUAG